GCCAACUCCAUGUCCUGUCCCGUUGGGGGUCCCGCCGACUACUCUUCUACCGGGGGUCCUGCCAACUCUAUGUCCCAUGCCAUUGGAGGUUCCACUGGGGGUCCUGCCAGACCUAUGUCCUGUCCCGUUGGGGAUCCCGCCGUCUACUCUUCUGCCGGGGGUCCUGCCAUACCCUUGUCCUUUUCCGUUGGAGGUCCCGCCGACUACUCUUCUACCGGGGGUACUGCCAACCCUUUGUCCUGCUCCGUUGGAGGCCCCGCCGGGGGUCCUACCAGCACCUGGUCCUUUUCCGUGGGGGAUCUUGCCGAGGCCUAUCCCACCGGCUCCGGUUCCUGUUCGGCCGAUACCGGGCUCUGCUCGGCCUCUGGAGCUGUCUGGUCUUCGCCCUCGAGCCCGGCCCCCUGAGAGCCGCAGUCUUCGCCCUCGACCCCGGCCCCCUGAGAGCCGCGGUCUUCGCCCUCGAUCCCGGCCCUCUGUGAGCCGCAGUCUUCGCCUUCGAGCCCGACCUCCUGUGAGCCGCAGUCUUCGCCCUCGAGACCGGCCCUCUGUGAGCCGCGGUCUUCGCCCUCAAGCUCGGCCCCCUGACUUUCCCGGCCGCGGUCCUCGCCCUCAUGCUCGGCCCCCUGAGUUCGCCCGCAGUGGCCUUCGCCCCUCCAUAACCCCCACCUUGGACUCUGUCUUGCCCCCGGGCCGUCCGCCCGAGUCCCCUUUCUCGGCUUCUGCCUUGCCCCCGGGCCGUCCGCCCGAGAUCCCUUCCUGGUCCUCUGCUGUGCCCCUGGGCGGUCAGCUGUACCCCCUCCACCCACCCUGGUGGCCUAGUGAUGCGUCCCUCCUCCGGACCCCCUCCACCCACCGUGCUUGAGGUUUUGGACUUUUGUGGUUUUGGGACGUCUGGGAUCCGUCCCUUGAGGGGGGGGUAAUGUCACGAUCUGUCUGUGUUGUGUCUUGUCUAG